AUGAAUAUAUACGAUGAUGCACUACAAAUUGCAAAAUUCCAAGCAAUCGUUGCCAUUUCUGCCACGAUUCCCGGCUAUUUUCUGGCGGUUUACAUGAUUGAUUAUGUUGGGAGAGUCAAGCUUCAAGCAACCGGAUUCUUUUUCAUGGCAGUAAGUUUGUUUACAAUUGCUUUUGUUAACAAAAGCACUUGGAGAUCCGAACCCGAAGCUGAUUCAGGUAUUGGGUUUAUGAUACUUUAUGGGCUUACAUUCUUUUUUGCUAAUUUUGGGCCGAACACCACCACAUUUAUAGUUCCAGCAGAGCUUUUUCCGGCGAGGUUCCGGGCAACGUGUCAUGGGGUUUCCGGCGCUGCUGGGAAAGUUGGGGCGAUAAUCGGGUCGGUUGGGUUUUUAUGGGCCUGUCGUGACCCACCAAAUGGGCUUGGGGUGUCGCAUACUUUGAGGGUAAUGGGUUUAGUCUGUGUUUUGGGGUUUUUUGUAACGUAUUUUCUUACGCGGGAGACGAUGGGCCGGUCGUUGGAGGAGAAUGAGAAUGUUGAUGAGUUUACUGGUGUUUGUUUUAUCAGAUUUUGGCCCCAUAAAGUUUGGGCCAAAAGAUUUGAUGAAACAAUUGUGAAUGAUCGUUUACAUCUGUCUUUAUCAAAUGCAAUGUAA